AUGUCGGCCGCUCUGAACGAUCCGAAGAUCGCGCACGUGCUCAGCGGGUACAAGAGGUUCCGCGAGAACGGCAUGAGCGUCCUGUCCCCGAAGUUCGCGAUGCUGUCCAACGAGGGCCAGAACCCGCACACGUGCCUCGUCGGGUGCUCCGACUCCAGAGCGGACGGCGCGAUCAUCUUCGACACGGAACCCGGAGACAUCUUCUCCGUGAGGAACGUCGCGAAUAUGAUCCCCGCGUACAAGCCCCCGGGGGAGUCCACGGAGAACGGCGUCGUCGCCGCCAUCGAGUACGCGGUCACCGCGCUCAAGACGCCGCUGCUCCUCGUGAUGGGCCACUCGCAGUGCGGCGGGUGCGCGCACGCGCUGAACGUCGUGACGAAGAACCGCGACCUGUGCGUGGCGAUGCACGGCGAGGGAGGCGUUCCCUCGACCGUCGACAGGUGGUGCUUCACGAUGAAGGAGGCGGUGUGCGGCGUGAUCGAUAAGUUCGACCCGCAGAUUCGCGGGCGGCAGCUCGAGCUCGAAAACGUGCGUCUGUCGGUGAAGAGGGUGUCGGAGUACCCGUGGGUGAAGGACGCGGUGAAGGCGGGGACAUUGCAGGUGCGAGGCGCGUUCUUUCAGGUGUUCGACGGGAGGUUGUUCGUCCUCGGCACGGACGAUGAUUUUUACGACGCCGGCAGCGGCGGGAAGAUGGCGGAGCGCGUGGGCUGGUGAGCGACGAGACGGACGGCGGUCGCGGUUCGCGUCUGGUCGUCGUGAGAAUUUAACAUCGCGUUCGCAGUCGUCGCGUUUCGUCUCGG